UAUUAAUUAUAAGAUAGGUGCCAUGCAAAAUGUAAUGUGUAACUGCAUUAGUCAUUACAAAUGUAGUGGAGUAAAGAGUACAUAUACUUGUUCAAAAAUGUAGUUAAGUAGAGAGUAAAAGUUGCUAAUAUCUUUAAUACUCAGUACAACUACAAAGUAGCCAAAAAGAUACUUAAGUAAAGUAACUAAGUACAUUUACUCCAAUACUUUACACCACUGAUCGGAACAAUGUCUUGUGGUGUGGUAACCGUGGUAUAAUCGGAAUAAUUGACGACAGGCCAUUCAAUUAUUGAAAGUUAAUGCACACCCGAGGUAUAACGGCCACGACGCGAGUGUGCAUUAACUUUCGAUAAUUGAACGGCCCGUCGUCAGUUAUUCCUUACAUAUCAAAGAAGAACAGAAAAAAUAUAUAGAUCUUCAACAAACACUUUUGUAAUAAUUGUUUUUAUGCAAUUAUGUCUGUUCUAAACUAGAAACAAUGUAGAAUGUGUAAAUAAGGACUGCAACCAUUUAUGUAACGUUAGAAGUAUUUAUUUGUCAGUAAUAUAAGACAUGUUGAGAUGCUGUUUUAUUUGAGUUUGAAGUUUGUUUUGAGCUUGGAGUAAACUCAAAUGUCUCUAACCGCCCUCUUGUUAUUGAACUGUAAUAUUGUGAGGUAACAAGGGCAUGUGUUCGACGUAUUAUCUUGACCAAUUAUGCAUUUUGUUAACUAUUUAUAACAAUUAUUUAUGACGAUAUUGUCUUUUAUCAGUAUCUUUACUCUGACAUUUUUACAAUGUUUCCGCCAAAUCAUUUUCUUUUACUCUGAAUCAACAGAAUGUGAAAAGUAGCUUCUUUUUUCAAAGGCAUUAAUGGCAUCUGCAAUUAGAAAUAUGGUUAAUAUCCGCUUUGAACCUCAUGAUUUCUCAAAAUGAACAUUUUAUCAGAGUGGCCCAAAAUGAGCAUUUGUUUUUAUCUCUUUGUGGGCACUUUCUUUCACUAAUGAAUGAAUCAAUCAAUCAAAAAAGCAAGCAUAUUUUUGUAUAUAUGGUGAAAUAUUUAAAUGUGAUAAUAAUUUAAAAUUCUGUAUUGAUUUUUAUUAAUGCCACAAUUUUCAAGCGCUACAUAUAAUGAUUAUGUAAUUAUAUAUAAUUUUAUUUCAGUUAUGUAGCUAGUAUUACCGGUACAGUAAACAAUGUCUGAUUAAUACAUAACACUUUAUGAACAUCUGUCAGUAGUUCAUUAAGACGAUUUUUCACUAUGCAAAGAUUUACACAAUACAUUGUCUAGUGCAGGUUUCCUCCAAUUUCUACUUUUAACAGCUGAUACUCUUUUUUUAAUUAUUUCAUAACUAUUAUAAAUACAUAAAAUACAAAUAUAAUACACUUCCAAGUAGCUUUCAGUCCUAGAAUAAGCCUAUGUAAUAUUUUGUAAUAUGUGUAGUAUUGCUUAAGAUCAUACAGGUUUUUACAAACACAUUAAAACAUGACAUGGCAGUUGUUGAACUCAUAUGGGAGCAAUAUGUAGAUGCUGCCUAUUGGUUUCACUUUUACUUUAUUUUCAUAACCUUUACAGUGGUUUUCUUUUAGUUCCUAGUUUCCUGUUUACUCAUUUGCAUGUUGUGUAUCAAAAGUAUCUCACACCCUGGUUCCUCACAGGUCAUAACUACCUCUUAUCAUUUGUCCCUACUUGCGUGGUACUUCAGAAUCUUCUGAAAUAAAGAUUCAUUGUUUAUUAAAGAAGUCCUAUGUUAUAUAUAAGGGACUUUUUUUAGUAAAUCUGCAAUAAAAACUUUUUGCUGAUUCAUUUCUGAUGUUUUCAAUGAGUGUGCCAAAAGAAAGACAGUCUUACAGGAACACUAUUUGAAUGUUAAGAAUCAGGUCUAACCAGUCUCUCUCAGCACACUUCUGUCAGCCUGCAUAGGAUAGGUUGUUUCGAAAUCGCCAAACAACUUCUGAUGGCAGCAGAAUGUCCAUUCCUCGAGGAGGAUCUAACAUGUCCUUUGUGCUAUGAGGUCUUCAAGGAUCCUGUCACCCUAAACUGCAACCACAGUUUUUGUAAAAGGUGCAUUCACACACGCUGGGAAUGUAGGGGAUUACAGCAUUGUCCCGUGUGUUACCGUACAGCGAGCUCAUCCAGACCUUCGAUCAAUCGAGCUCUAAAGAGAGUUUCAGAUGUCUUCAAACAGAAGCCAGAGCACUUCAUGGUAAAAUCAAUGAAACGUUGCUCAAUUCACAACGAAGAGUUAAAGUUCUUUUGUCGGAAAGAUGCAGAGCUUAUCUGUGCAGUUUGCACAUCAACGAGGAGCCACGCAAAUCACAACUACUGCUCGAUAACCGAGGCCACAUCGGAAAUACUGAGAGAGCUCACAGCUAGGUAUAAUCCCUUGAAACAGCAUCUGAACAGAUCUGAAAAAUUAAAGGAGAACUUGGAAGAAUUGAAAGCGUAUAUACAGACACAAGCAGCUCAAACUGCAGAGGAAAUAAAGAAAGAGUACGAAAAGUUACAUGAAUUCUUGAGGGAGGACGAAAGAGCUCGGCUUAUAGUGCUGAAAGAUCAAACAAAAAGCAAGACUGGGAUGGUGAGCGAACAAUUGGAAGAAGUCAACAAGAUCAUUGAAGAGCUCACUGACAUCACAAACUACGUAGAGCCCAUCACAAUAGCAGACGAUCUAUCAUUUUUAAAGGAAUGUAAGGAGGCAAUAAAAAGGACUACUUACAUUGUGCCUGAAGCAGAGUAUCCAGCAGGGGCUAUUAUAGACGUGUUUCAGUACCUGGGGUCAUUAAAGCAUGGGGUCUGGAAACGAAUGGAAAGAGCUGUCAACUGCUGCCCUGUCAAUUUUGAUCCAAACACAGCACAUCCUAACUUGAUCAUCAGUGAUGAACUGACCACCGUCAAGUAUGGAAAACAACAGCAGGUUCCUGAUAACCCCAAGCGCUGCAUGAGCCGCAUAGCAGUACUCGCUGCCUGCGGAUUCAGUUCAGGAAAGCACUGCUGGCACGUGGAAGUAGACAACAGCGAGUGGUAUAUUGGAGUGGCACGGGAGUCCAUCAGAAGGAAGAGUUCAGAGUUCCUCAACCCUACAAAUGGUUUCUGGGUAAUUGGUCUCAGUAAUGAGGCGUAUAGGGCUCAGACGUCUCCACACACACGCCUCAGUUUAAAAAGGAAACCGCAGAUAGUUACAGUUGAAUUGGACUAUGAGAAAGGAAAGGUGUCCUUUACUUAUACAACAGAUGGUUCAAGCAUUUACACAUUUAAAGAUGUGAGGUUUAAAGAGAGCAUCUUUCCUUAUUUCUCCAUUGGGAUAAAUCAGGGAAGCACACUCAGAAUCUGUGCAUUUUAAUGUGUCAAUAAGGGGCACAACAGUACACUAUCCAACACAACAGACACUUGAUGUCAACACUGUUCCAAAAGCACUUCCGGUUUCAUCCUAUACAUAUAAAAUAAAUCAUAAAUCAAUUUGUUUAAUAUUUUGAUUCGGUUUUAAAUGUUUAUUUUGUUUAAACAUUUGUGUAGUGUUAAACUAAAACAGGAAGUUUUUCUGGACCAGCGCUAUUUACAUCUUUCAAAGUGGUCCAUACCUACAAUACAAAAAUAAUAUUUUUUGAAUUUGCUUUUUUAAUGUGUCCAAGCAGUUACUUAUCAUUACUUAAGAGUAAUUUAUUUUUCUGCAAUUUGCAAUUUCCUCAGAGGUGUUACUUUACUAGGCCUACACUAGUUUUUUAUUACUGUCCGUGUAAAGGCAGAAAAAAACAAAUACUACCAAAACGUAGAAAUACUUUAUCAUUUAAAAUAUUUGUCUGUUAAUUCUUUCUAUUUUCUAUUAUGAGAGAGCAUUUGCAUGAGAAUAUUACAUUACAGAAAUGAGAAUGGGUGCCAGUAUUUGUUAUGAAUAUACAUAGUUUAUGAAAUUCAUUUGUUCACAUAUAUUGUUCUGAAAAAUGAGUUUUGGUGCGGUUUAUGCACAUUUGCACAAUAAACCAAAAACCAUAUAACAGAAA